AUGUCUCGCAACGUUGUCACCCCACCUGGUACCCAGCCUGAGUUUUCCCCCAAUGAUCCAAUUCUUCUUUCCGUCACCAACGGCGUGGACGCACUUAUAGACCGCGAACAGGAGUUGUACGAGAAGUACAAGGAUCAAUUGCCGGACAAAGUUCACAUCUCAAAAGACACGCCUGGCGUCAUUCGAAAGUACAAGGUCGUGGGCCACACCAGCCUGAAUACUAACGACCACUCUGGGGAACAGCCAGAGAAGAUCUUUGGAUACUGCCUUAAUUUUAUAGUUCCUCUCACAACCACUGAAACGCUCGAGAUUCGGGUGCAACACAGCAACCUAGCGAAAUUAUCCACUAGUGAUCGUCUCAUGCCAUCCGCCAACGCGUACCGUGUUGGCGACACUGUCUACCUUACUCGCGAAAAUAUACAGCAUCUGGGGCUCGCAAUCAAGACCCCUGUCGAGAUCCUCACGAGAUUGCAGUCACCUACAGCAUCAAAGAUCAGAAUGCCAGCUGUGAGGAACUCAGAACUUGGAGUUAUGAAUGACUAUAUGGUCAAAUGCAAGCGUACCAUCACACUGAAUGUUAUAUAUGGGUCGAGGUUCUAUCACCAACCCCCCGACUUCAGGAGGGCUGGCUGA